AUGUGGACCCAGGACAGCGCUCUGAUGCUGCUGCUCGCCUGCUGCCUUUGGUCAGCCGAGGCUCAAAGCGAGAGGGGACAAAACAUCUGGGACGAUCCCAUCAAGUUCAAAACGCAGGCCAAGGACACGUGCACCAUGAUCAUCACCGGUCAGGGGGAAUAUACCCGGCUGAGGCUGUCGUGCCGGAGCAGCAGGCUCUCCUACUGGUGCGAGUACGUGGGCAGGCCUCACACCUGCAGCUCCUACAACAAGAACCCUCGUCACUACUUCGUCCAGAUGAUGUGGGGCCUCAGGAAGCUCCAUAACGCCUGCCAGGCGCCGAGGCAGAUCAAACCUCACAUGUGCAGGAAGGCAACCGAUGAGUCUCAAAUGGUCUACUCGUCCGCAUCCUUCUCCCGGUCCGGGACGGACGGUUCGACGAGGAUGAGACCAGCACCAUCGCCUAGCAGACCUCAACCACGCCCGGCACCCACAAGGCCCGGUUCUGGGAGGCAAAUCAUUCGAUUCCUGCCACGAGUGGAGCCCACACCGACAGCCAGUCCUCCACCAGUGACGGCCCCUGUGGAAAGCAAUGCUAAGAGGAUGGCUCAGCGGUACUGCUGGAGGUCUCUUCAAGGCAUCUGCUCCUACUUCAUCGGUUUGGUUCGGCACUAACGAGGGAGAUUUACAAUUCUGAUGAAGAUCAUUUCUGUUAUCUGAUUAAAGCGGCCGGAGGGAAAUUCCAGACCAGCAGUUUGUUCAUUGGUGGCAGAAGAGAUAGAAGAACUGUAGCGCUCUCUUCAGGUGAAGUGAUGGUACUGCUGUGACCAGACAAAACAGGAUUUCUCUGUAAACCUGCGUGCAUCAUCCUCCAAAUGUACCAGCUUUGCAAAACUCUACAAAUCUUAAUUGUGUAAGAACAAACUAAGCAGCUCACAGAGAAGGAUAUGAAAUACAUGUAUGAAAUGGUACAAGCACUACUUUAACUUGUGACAAUGUUUCUGCGGCUGCACAAAC